AUGAUGUAUGUCUCUGGCGAAUCGGGGGAACCAUCGGUCGAAACCACAGGAAUCAUUGAGGACAUUGUCCGCCAGCAAGUCAUUGAGAUUCUGAAGAACUGCACGGAACUCGCCGCGCGUCGCGGAUCGCGUUCCAUCACCAUCAACGACCUCAUUUUCCAGAUCCGUGACGACGCUCCCAAGGUGUCUCGACUGCGCACCUUUCUCUCAUGGAAAGACGUGCGGAAAAAUGUCAAAGAUUCAGACGACAAGGGCGGCGAAGCCGAUCUGGGCGCUGGAGAGGACCCCGUCGGGGGUGUAGUAGCCGGCGGGCCGGUCGAUGACACGGCCAAGAAGAACAAAAAGGCCAAGGUUGGUCUCCCCUGGGAACCUGCCUCUUUCUUCCCCGCCGAAGUCCCCGAGCGCGAAGACGAAGAAGACGAGGAGGAGGAGGAGAUGAAUCACAUCACGUUGCAGCGGCUGCGCAAGGCCGACGAGCGCACCAAGGCCAUGACCAAGGAGGAAUACGUCACGUGGUCUGAAUAUCGCCAGGCGUCUUUCACCUACCGCAAGGGAAAACGCUUUCGCGAGUGGGCGGGUUUCGGCAUCGUUACGGAUAGCAAGCCAUCUGACGACAUCGUCGAUAUUCUCGGGUUUUUGACGUUCGAGAUGGUGCAGACGCUGACGGAAGAGGCGCUCAAGAUCAAAGAGAAUGAGGAUCAGCACCGUGAGCGUACGGGUGAGAAUGCAGGCAAGAAGCGCAAGCUGCCCGGUGGGAUCGGUGGGGGCGGUUUGUUUGAUCCGCCGAGCGAAGGCCGCACGCCGGUUGAGCCCCGACAUAUUCAGGAAGCCUUCCGCCGACUGCAGCAGCGGCCGAAGAAGGCCAGAGCCAUGCUCAACGGGACCAGGUUACAGCAGCGGACGACACUGAAGCUUAUUUAG